UUGGGAUUGUUGUGGUCUGAGCGCCGCGGCCAUCUUGGAUCCAGUCGCGCUCCACACCGAGCUGCGCGAGACGACGGACGACGUCAACGGCGCAGCCAGUUAGCUGGCGUUAGCCCCCGUUAGCUAGCGUUAGCCUGCUCGGCGAGAGAUUAACCCGCAAUUCCGCGUUGCUGCGCGGCGCGACUAUGCUUUGCAGACCCCGUUUGUCUUCGUCAUGUGUCACUAUGAGUGCACGGAAUAGGUUUAAGCAGUUGAACGCUGUUUAACUUCGGAGAAGGCGGCGGCGACGCGCAUCCUCGUUCUAUCUUAAAAAAAAACAUUUCUGGAUAAAGGAGUUACUAUGAAUGGAGGAUAAAUGUUGCCAAAGGCUGACAGCAGCAGUUUCGUCCUCUUCUCUCUCCUCUUCGUCCUCGCGUCAGGGGACCCACCACGGACAGGUCCGCGGCUAUCUCUGGCAAGAUUAUUGUCAGCGCUUGCAGCCCCGGGGCAGUUCGCCUGCCGCAGUGGGAAGAUGCAGUGUAUCCCCAUGUCCUGGCAGUGCGACGGCUGGACGGCGUGCGAGGACAAGAGCGACGAGAUGGACUGCCCCCCUAACAAGGAGGAGAGGUUUCGUUUUGGUAACGGGCACGACCAGGUGGAGGACGUCAUCGGUGUGGCUGCGCCUGUGCGCUUCAACAAGAAAUGCCCCAGCGGGUGGCACCACUACGAGAAGACUGCCAGCUGCUACAAAGUGUACCUGAUGAACGAGAACUACUGGCAGGCCGUCGACACCUGCCAGAAGGUCAACGGCUCGCUGGCCACGUUCGUGACCAACGAGGAGCUGCAGUUCAUUCUGAAGAUCGAGGUGGAUUUCGACGACAAAGUCUGUGAGCGCAGAGACCAGUGCAAGUUUUGGGUGGGCUACCAGUAUGUGAUCACCAAUCAGAACCACUCUCUGGAGGGCCGCUGGGAGGUCGCCUACAAAGGCUCCAUGCAGGUGUUCCUGCCCCCCGAGGGUCUGGCCAAACUAGGAGAUGCGUCUCCCACCCAGGACAAUGUUUUCUGUGCCCAGCUGCAGCGCUUUCAGAUCAAAAGCAUGAACGAACGAGGCCUGCACAGCUGGCACGCCGAGAACUGCUACAAGAAGUUCCCGUUCCUCUGCAAGAGGAGGCAAACGUGCGUGGACAUCAAAGACAACGUCGUCAACGAGGGCUACUACUUCACCCCCAAGGGGGACGACCCGUGUCUGAGCUGCACGUGCCACGAGGGCGAGCCCGAGAUGUGCGUGGCGGCGCUGUGCGAGCGUCCGCAAGGCUGCCAGCACUUCCGCAAAGAUCCCAAAGAGUGCUGCAAGUUCACCUGCCUGGACCCAGAUGGAAACAGUCUGUUUGACUCGAUGGCCAGCGGGAUGAGACUGAUCGUCAGCUGCAUCUCCUCCUUCCUCAUCCUCUCUCUGCUGCUCUUCAUGGUGCACAGACUCCGCCAGCGCAGACGCGAACGCAUCGAAACUCUGAUUGGAGGAAACUUGCACCACUUUAACCUCGGCAGACGAGUCCCGGGCUUCGACUACGGCCCGGACGCCUUUGGCACCGGCCUCACUCCGCUGCAUCUGUCCGACGAUGGCGAGGGAGGAGCUUUCCACUUCCAAGAGCCUCCUCCGCCGUACGCCGCCUACAAGUACCCCGACAUCCAGCACCCCGACGACCCCCCUCCCCCGUACGAAGCCUCCAUCAACCCGGACAGCCUCCUUUACGUGGGCCUCGGACACGGUGUCUCCCUGAUACCCAGCCAGAUGAACGCCAUGGUGGACGGGCUCCAGGCGGCCGUUCCCAACACCUGCGGCGGCCCCGCCGCCGUCCCGGCUCCGCCUCCCCAGGAGCGGGAGGACUCCAUAGACAGCAGCACGCUGCUGGUGGGGCCGGACACUCCGACGGACGGCCACGCCCCCUCUGCCGUGACCCCCGACUGCGUCUCCUCCCUCAGCACCGUUGUAUAGGACCGCGGACGGGCUGCGGGGUGGAGGGGAAGGUCACCGGCGCGUUCCGCCCGGUAGAGGUCGUUUACCCAAAACGCCGACUGCAGGGAGGAGAGUUCCGGUCCGGACGGACACAACAGAAACUCGCUUCUCUCUUUCUUUCUUUUUCUUUUUUUUAAGCCGGACAUGUGAGGAAUCAGAGAGGACUGUUUGUACGCGGAGAGGCAGAGAAAACAAACAUUGCGGCUGAGAAAGCGAAGCCCUUUUACGUUCAGCAUCGACUAAGCGAAGCUUUUCAAACAUCUCAGAGUUCGGGCGAUUCCGUCGAGCAGUCCCGAUGUAAAAUACCCCCCUCGGGUCUCCGCCGGUCCCUUUGGUUUGUGUUUCACGGUCCAGCACAAGAAUGACCGACGGACAGUGAAGUCAGCUGAUUUGUUUUGUUUUUUGUUGUUUUGUUUUUUUCUUUGGUUUGCAUUGCGCGGUCCAACAGACGCUUCCAUGUUCGUCUGACGGUCUCCAGGCUUCAGUAAUGUUCUCGUCAGACCUGUCCGUCAAGGCAUGUCCAUUUCUACCUGCUGUCCCCUCCCUUUCUUAUCGGUCUGAUACAUGAAGCCGUCUUCCAGGUUUAUAGCGCGUAUUUGCAGCAAACGUUUUGUAGUUAAGAGGUUUAACCCUGCAACAGGCUACGGUUAGAUUUUAAUUAGAUAAUGCUGACUGAGGCAUUAUGUAUCAAGGAAUGUUGUGUUACUGAUAAUAUCUCAGUCUGUCUUUGUGUUCUUUAUGAUGAUCAUUUAUGACUGCGGGCUGUAAUCUUGAUUGUUUUAUUGGGAGAUGGUCUGAACUCCCCGGGGAUCAGCAAGCGGCCGCGAUGAAGCCUGUUGAGUUUACACGUGACGAUCAGGGAUGAUUUCCUGUCAUCUACAUUUUCUUUUAGUUAUUUAAAUUUGAGAAAAAUCAAGUUUUAUUUGAGAAGGCUGUUCCAAUCAUGAAAGUGGUUUAAUCAUACAAAGCGCCCCAUUUGUUGUAACUUACGCAUGAAAUCUCGGCAGCGUGGUUGUGUAUCGACUAACUGAACCAUGUUCAGGGAUUCAAAACGCACUCUUUUGCAAACUCAUCCCUCGAUUUUAAGCAGGUGUCUUUUUCUCUCUUUUCUUUUAUUUGCUAAAUGUUAAUUUUGGAUGCUGCCCCCUGUGUGUGUGUGUGUGUGUGUGUGUGUGUGUGUGUGUGUGGUUCCGAUCGAGGACCACUGGGUGCAGCUGUGAGUCCGUUUCUGUUUGUCGAUGGGUCCGUUUUUACAGUGGGAUUGCAGUAAAAAAAACAAAAAACUAUUGUAAUAAAAAUAAACUGUAUAUUUGGAACGUGUUAGACCGGUUUUAUGACGACAAUCGUUUGAUUCAUCCGAGGAUGAAUUUCUCAAAGCCUGAAGACUUCAGACCGGACUCGACCCGCAAACACCAGCAUUCAAACCGCCGAAGAAAACCAGAGUAUCUCAUGUCUGAGUUACUGACUGAUCACUGAUUUCCCCCAUUUUCUCUUUUUCUUUUUUGGGUGUGAUGUGGGGGGCAUUGAUAAUUGACAAUUAAGAAGAAUUAAAUCUCAUUAAUUGUAAAAGAAAAUGGCCCCUGCAUGUGUGUGUGUGUGUGUGUGUGUGUGUACAGGAGAAAAUGUUUUCCGGUUUUGAUUUUCUUUUAAUUGUUUUUGAUUUAUUUUUCAACCUGAUUUCUGCGAUACGUGUAUUUAUUGUUUGGCAUGCUGAGCCGUUUGUCUUUGGAUGGAAACGUGUUCCAGCUGCACACUUGCUGCUGUACAGUCGACUCCUGCAAAUAGUUCUCUGUGUGCUGAGACCCGAGCAGCUGUACUUUCUGUUCUAGCCUAUUAGCCCAACUAUUAUUACUGCAUUUGAUCUGUUUUGUGUAUAAUGUUGACAAAUGCUACCGUCUUUUAUUUGCAGGGAGCGCUUGUGUUUUCCUGAGGUAGAUGUACAUCUGAUCAAAUGCCAAAUAAAUUGCACCAUGAAGGA